GGGGCGGGUCCCGGCGGCGGCGGAUAUAAGGCCGGGCUCCGGCGCCCCCCCUCACUCGCGCGUUAGGAGGCUCGGGCUGUUGUGCUGCGUCGGUGUCUUCCCUCCUGCGUCAGGGACCUGCCCGACUCAGUGUGCGUAUAAAGCUAGUAUAAAGCAGCGCAAGGGGAGACCGAGGCUGUGUCCGCGGCGGGCGCCAUGGCAUCGGACGAAGGCAAGCUGUUCGUCGGCGGGCUGAGCUUCGACACCAACGAGCAGUCGCUGGAGCAGGUCUUCUCCAAGUAUGGACAGAUCUCCGAAGUGGUGGUCGUGAAGGACAGGGAGACACAGCGGUCGCGAGGGUUUGGGUUUGUCACCUUCGAGAACAUCGACGACGCCAAGGACGCCAUGAUGGCCAUGAACGGGAAGUCGGUCGAUGGCCGGCAGAUCCGAGUUGACCAAGCCGGGAAGUCGUCGGACAGCCGGUCCCGCGGGUACCGGGGCGGCUCUGCUGGGGGCCGGGGCUUCUUCCGCGGGGGCCGAGGACGGGGCCGUGGGUUCUCCAGAGGAGGCGGGGACCGGGGCUACGGGGGCAGCCGGUUCGAGUCCAGGAGUGGGGGCUACGGAGGCUCCAGAGACUACUACAGCAGCAGGAGUCAGGGUGGCGGCUACGGAGACCGGAGCUCCGGCGGGUCCUACAGAGACAGCUACGACAGUUACGGUAAGGCCGGCUCCGAGGGCGCCACGCUGCGUGGCCCGCGGUGGGAGCCCGGUGCCCCUCGGCGCCCCCGCGAGUGACCUAGGCUCAGUCAGACCGCAGCACCGUGCCUGCCCCUGAGGAACCAGGCCGUCCUCUCGGUGCCAGGAGCCAUUGCUAUCUCAAAACAAAAUCAAAACCAGAGCCGAGCACGAGUCCAGAAGGACAGGGAGAGAGGGAGCCGCCUGCGUGCAUGUGGGGGCCGGAGCGGCCCCUCCGCCGGGGGGUUGGUGCUCGGAGGCCCAGGCCCCCCUGCAGGCCCGGCCCCGGGGACGGAAAUACUGCCUCUUGUCGCUGACCUCGGUGCCUUUACACUGUACUUGCUUCUUGUCCUCAGCUACACACAACGAGUAAAAAUCCUUCCUGCUCAAGAUCGUCCUUCCAAUGGCUGUAUAUUUAAAGAUUUUGGGAGCUUCGCUGAAUCGUUAAUGUGUAGUGAACACACCUCCUUGUAUUUUCACUUUUGUAGUUACGUCAGUUCUGAUCUUGUCCAGCCCAGCCUGACAGCUUCUGACCCUGAGGGCCCCGUUAGGAGACUUUUUUUGGUUUCAUUUUAUUUUUUUUGAGGAAGCGCUGUCCGUUUUUAAAGGUUUUAAAAACGUCUUGAAAAGCACUUCAGAUUUUAUUUCUUUUUAUCACGAGCCACGUGUUUUUUUAAAUCGUUGGGGUUUGCGUGGAUUUUUUCCCCUUUUUUUGGGGGGAGGUUGGUUUUUUGUUUCUCUUUCUGGUGGGGUUGGCCCCGAUCCCCUGCUCGGAGACUCUGAGACGGACAGGACCCUGAACCCACCUUUCUCAGAAGCUGGGCGAGCUGUGGCCUCUUCCCCGCUCUGUAAACUUCUGAGUGUAGCUGGUAGGAGGGCAGCCCCUGCCUGUCCGUCCGUCUGCACGAGGUACCUCCACUCUUUGCUGUACCCAACCCUGGUAACUCGCAGGCGUUCCCGAGAGGUUCUUGAAAAUGUUUAUUUAUAUUGUCCUUUUUUACUGGAAGACGUAUGCAUAUUCCAUUGCUGUUGUAUUUGAAGUGGAUAAGGAAUUCUUGUACGCAGUUUUUCUUUGGCUUCACGAAGCCGAUUAAAAGACCGUCUGAAACGAACCAUGCUCUUGACAAUUUCCCUUUCAUUGCACAACACACUGCCUGCCGCGGGCUCGUGGCGGCCAGACCUGAGCAGACAGGGCAGUGUGAGGAGCGGCGGGCUGCGCCCGUCAUCAGCGGGGCGAGUGAGGUGGGCGACGGGGCGGGCAGUGCCGACGCCAGGCAGGCCCGGAGGGUGACGGACGUGCAGAACGUGAGGCUCACCCCGACGAGCAGUCUCAGGGGCAGGCCGGAGAGGGCAGCUCCCUGCCCGGGGCGACCGCGGACGGACGGGACGGGACCGAGUAGCUAGCGUGCCGUUGCGUCACGAGUUCUGAGCGUUCUCUGCUAGCCUUUGGAAGCCGCGGCCCCUUGGAGAGCAGCUGUGUUCUGCACCCAUCAGACCUCAGAGACGAGAGCUGCUCCCUGGGUUAGCUCCUAUGUGGAAAUAGCCCUGUGCUCCGAGGUAACGCCUUCUGCUCCUGCCCGCCUCCCUCCUCUUAUCGAGACCUCGUUGGAAAGUAAAGUCACACACCCGGGGAAUGUUCCUUUGACUGGUUUUUUGUUUUUUCUUUUUUUUUUGUCUUAACUCGAGCUAGAACUAAAAGCCAGGCCCCAGCCGCCCACCCUCCCCUGCUGCGGCCUGGGGCCCCGUCACGCCUUGCUAGGAGGCAGGAAGGGGCCACCGCACGCCCUGCCUUUCGGACUUUUUGUUCAUCCAUCGACAGCCUUUUCCAGACCUCCUUAAGCCACUCCUAACCAUAGCGUUGUCCGAUGUCUCGCUGCUGCCAUCGGUUUUCCCCAGAGCCCACACCGGUGCCGGGCAGCUCCAACCCCGCGGGAAGUGGGCUCUGCUUACGGGUGGAACGGGGCCCGGGCCUGUGUGUCCGCUGGCCAGCCGAGGCCCUCCCAGGAUCUGUGGAUGGUUCUGGGGAGGUGGGGAGGGGCGGCCGCGAGCCUGCUGGCGGGGACCUCGGGUGUCACGCACCUUUGCUUUGGCAGGGUGAAGGGGAUGAACUGCAGCCCAGGGAGAGGCAGCUUGGCCGCACCGAUGACCGUCCCGGGGGGGACUUCACCUGCAGCCGUUCGACGGGAGAGUAAGAUCUGGAGACUGCACCCACCCGCCACUGGUCACUUGUGCUUUGUUGGCAAGGAUAGUUCCAAGACAGCCGCGGGAGGCCGGCGUCUUGUAAGGUGGACAGUCGUCCCUCUGGACGGGCAUGGAAAGUCUGAAUAAAGGGCUGUGUGUCACCCA